AGGAGACGGAGAAAAGGGGGAAGUCCCGUAGAAGGCCCAGAUUCAAAAUAGAAAGGGGUCGUAGUGAGGUUUACUACCAAGGAAACGGUAUUGUGUUUAACUUGUAUAUCAUGACCAGUGAAGGAGGCGACACUGACCAUGACUAUACCAUGGUUGUCCCUAACAGCUCAAGCUCAAGACCACAAUGCUCACUCUGAACCCAGCACAGACACUGACCUCUUCAACCGAUUCUCUGUUGUCUUUCUCUAUGCCAACAACACAGAGAUCAUAGAUGUUAAUGAAUCUUUGCAUAAUGUACAUAGAGACCAAUCAGAUUCUUUGAGAGUUAGAUCAUCGGCCAAUCAGAGUGCUAAAACAAUCAUAGCACAACCAGCUGUAGAAGCUGGAAACAUUACAGAAGACAACUUCAAUCCUCAUGAUCUUGUUCAGCAUAAUUUGGAACUAAGUGAAGAAUUAAAUUGUUUUGGAGGACCUCCAAGAAGGGAUGUCCUAUUUGAAUUAUUUGUUGCAUUCGUAUUGUGCUUGUGUCAUUUUUGUUCUUUGAACAAAUAAUGUAAACAGCUGUAACAAACAAUGCUCUUGUGUAAAUGCUGUGUUAAAGAAUUGUAAGUUUAUCAUACUCCUUGUGGAAAUGUGCAAUAUUGUCAUCUGUCAUAAAACAGCUUCAAAUCUUGGCUGCAGUUUUCUUACAAGCCAAUAUAAUACAAAAUUUAUGGAAUGCAUUUUAAAGUGAUACCACAAUUAGUUCUAUCUUAUUUGAUUCCUCAGAAAAUUUGAAGUUAGAAGAAGUGAUUUCAUGGUUUCAAUACUUAUUUUCACAAAGACACUAAUUACCCUCCAAUGUGCACUGGUGUGAAGAUGUUGAAUGACACACCACUGUCAGAUUCAUUGGGAGGAUAUUUUGAACGCAAGUUAGAUUAUCCACAAUCUGAUAAUACAUGUUUUAUGAACUUUGAAUUUUUGCGAUUAGAUAGCUUUCAGAAUUGGCCAAGGGACAACCAAGUAUUUGCUAUUAGAUUUGCUGCAGCAGGUCUUUACCAUGUAGGGAGUGGACAGACUGUCAAAUGCUUUCAGUGUGACUUUGUCAAGGAGCAUUGGCAAAAAGGAGAGAUACCUUUUGAUGAACAUAAAAAAUUUAAUCCUAGAUGUCCGUUUCUCGAUGGUAGCUGUACUACUAAUAUUCCAAUACCCAUUUUUAAUAGAGCCUUGCCUGACAGAUUUGAUAAAAUAAGACAUUUGUUGGACUCAUCACAACCAGUAGCGAGAACUGGUUCUUCAACCAGUUUACCUGAGGGGUCUCGCUCACCAUUAUCCCCUAACGGAGGAGACUUCAACCGUUCCAGGUCACUAGAGCCUCCAAAUGAUUCUACAAGGGUCCGUAAAAGCCCUUCCAUCAGUCAUUCACCCGAAAGGUUUCCUCAGAGAAUACCAAGUUCACCAGAGAUUCGAGCUAAUAUGACUGAUAGUGAACAAGGGGCUGCCAGUCAGAUCCCAAGCUCUAGUACGUCUUUUGCAAAUCGUAGAAAGUUAGAUCAGAGAAGCCAGUCUGUUGAAAGUUCAUUUGCAGGACCAAAAACAGAAGCAGCUUCUGCAACAUUAGGACAUCCAGAAAGACCAAGAGACACUACAGAUUUGAGGAGGAUGUCUAAUCCUGGAACAAGGGGAUCCCCUGGAUCAGGAAGGAAUUCUCAUCCAGAAUCAUCUGGUUCAGCGAGGGUUUCUAAUUCUAGAUCAUCUGGUUUGGAGCGAGUGUCUAAUCCAGGAAUAGCAGGCCCAUCUCAACCUGAUACUUCAGUGUCUCAAAGGGCAGUGCUGGAGAGGGACCCAGGUGUCCUGCGUUUUGAAAGAAACAGACUAGAGACAUAUCGAACAUGGCCUUCGAGUUCUCCUGUGACCACUCGGGACCUUGCAAGGUCUGGCUUUUACUAUGUCGGCUCAGAAGAUCGUGUUCAGUGCAUAUAUUGUCGUGGUAUUCUAAAAGGUUGGGAUCCAGGUGAUGUUGUUCAUAUUGAACAUAGAAACAAAUUUCCACGAUGUCCAUUCAUUUUAGGUAUGGAUGUUGGGAAUAUUCCGUACUCCCCUAAUCAGACAUCUCGGGGAGUUAAUAACACUAUCAAUCAGAAUUCAAGGUUCUCCCAGCAGGCCCCAUCACAAAUGGAGGCUCUAGGUAUCAACACAGACAGACCGAAGCAUCCAACCUACGCUAUAGAAGCCUCACGCCUGUCUUCCUUCAGGAAUUGGCCCACUUACAAACACCAGACGCCAGAGUUUCUCUCGAAGGCUGGGUUCUUCUAUGCCAAUUUUGGAGACAAUGUGAAGUGCUUUUACUGUGAUGGUGGCCUAAAAAAUUGGGAACCAGGAGACAACCCAUGGGAAGAACAUGCCCGAUGGUUCCCAAAAUGUCCAUUUGUCCGUAGUGUUAAGGGCGAGGCAUACAUCCAGUCAGUACAGGACAGGUUUAAUAGUGGCACACAACAGAGCAUUGUUAACAGAGGAAGAAAAAGACGUGCAGGUCAGCGCUUCCCUAUCGAGGAAAGAGAGAUUAAGGCACGGAUGGAGCUACCAAUGGUCCGAGCUGUGCUGGACACUGGAAUGAACCGUAAUGUGGUUAUGCAAGCCAUCAGAAACAGGAUGGAGGAUAUUGGUGAUGACUUCCCUAACGCUGAGGCACUGAUGAAUGCUGCCUUGGAAAUCAAUGACGAUCCUGACCAGUUCACUGCUGUCACAUCGAGGCGUUCAGGCUCAAGCUCACCCUGUAAUGAAUCAGUGGAGACACCAACUGAGGCAGCUUCUAAAGAUCCAAGCAGCUCAAAGGAUGAAAGUAUAAGCUCAGAAAAGUCAGAAGAUCCAGAUCUGUCGGAAGAGAUUCGGACACUAAAAGACCAGAAGACAUGCAAGAUCUGUCUGGAUGAGGAGGUGGGGAUGGUGUUUCUGCCUUGUGGUCACCUCUGUGCCUGUGUCACAUGUGCUCCAGCAGUACAGCAUUGUCCUAUCUGUCGUUGUGAUAUUAGAGGUACCGUGAGAACCUACAUGUCGUGAGCUCAUCAACCAUGUCCGGCAUGAUACAUCUUUACAGAAGAAUGUCAUAUCUGUAGCUGUGACAUCGGGCUACUAUUGAACCUUUGUAUUGUGAGCUAGCUGCACAGCCAUGUUUGGUACGAUAAAUCUCUACAGGAAAGAGUCCUUUUCAUCUUCGACAUCAAAGGUAUCUGGACCUACAUGUUAUGAGCUUGUAAACCAUUUCUGGCAGGAUACGUCUUUACAAAACAGUGUUGUAUCAGUCGUUUUGCCAUCAUUGGUACUAUGAGCUGGUCAACCAUGGCUUUGAUAUAACUACAGAGAAUGGUCCAACCUGUUACUGUGCCACCAGCAGAACUGCACAAUCGGAAGCUAUAUCGUGAUGUCUGUUCCAAUACAUACUCCCUGAAAAGUGUUCAACCCUGUUGAUAUUGAUGUAUCCUCUGACAUUCUCUUCGAAAUCCACAUCUAUGAGGUGGUUAUGUUAAAGAUACCCAGUCACCAGUGACAUAACAUUAGAGCAUACUUAAAAGUCAUAAUCAGUGUUUAUCCAGUAUAUGUCAUGGUUCUCUGCAGUCGCACAGCUGUUCAAACCUGUCACUGUGAUAUCAGGGGUACUGUUACAACAUACAUUAGACCCUUGUGAUGCUGAGUCAUUGAAAUCAUGAUAUUAGACUAUAAAAUGACUUCAACAUGAAGUAAUAAAAGUGAAAUACUUAUGAUUGCAAGAACAUAUAACUAUCGGUCAUCUACAUGUGUUCUUGUUGGAAUGCACCAACUGUCACUAUAGUAACUAGUGUUUUCUCCAGCGUUUUGCUUGAUGCUAAGCUCUGGAGAAAAUGACUGGUAACAGAAUCAAUCAUCCUUGUGUGGGGUAGACUUAAAAAUGAUAACAAGAGUGUUUCUGUAAAGUAUUAUUUUUAUUAAAUAAUUACUUUCUAAAGCUCAUCCUUUCCUUUUUGUUAAGAUUAUUCGCUCUAUCUCAUACAGAGACGAUUGAUUCUUCUUAUUACCAUUUUGACAAAUCCUCAGUGAAAUACAUUAUUCUCAUUGCACAUUCGCCUUAUGAGUGUGACAAUUGACCACGUCAUUAUUUUAUAGUGUAUGCAGCUGUGUGGACCUUAUUGUUAGAUGAAAUGUUUAGCAAUAUCUAAAAUCUAGACGUCCUAGGCAAAAUAGCAGAUUUGUCAAAAGGAAAGUUUCUCAUUCAAAAUCUACAUACUGUAUUAUUUUGUUAAAAUUCAAAACAAAUAUGCCAGCCCCCUGGAAAGGAACUCAAUGUUGCAUAUACUAAGGGUGUGGCCUCACUCAAACCCCAGCCCAUCUCUAGGCUAUUCCUUAGGGGUGGAACUAAAUAAGGAAAAUAAAGUUAAAUGAUUUCGAUUUCAAUGUGUAUAAAUUAUCAAUGGAACUGAAUGUGUAUAACAGGCAAAUCCCCCACCGGCACCCCACCCCUAUGAACAGGUAAGUGGGACCAACAAGGGAUAGAGACAAUUGAUGAAAGGUCACUUACUUGAUAAAGAGGUCCCAAUGUGUCAAGAGGACUCUCUUACAGGGUAAGAACAUGUUUAAAAUAUGGCCAAACUGUACAUUGGGUAGGGUAAAGACUCUUUACUAAAUAGACAAUUCUCCCCUUAUUUUCCACUCAUAUAUAUAAAGGAGACACUGUAGUCUAGUGGUAGGACGUGGGGAUCAAGACCAAAGGGUGGCGGGUUCAAGUCAUGGCACAGCAAUGUGUUGUUUUUUUGAGCAAGAUACUUUACUCUGCUUGUUCCAGUCUACUCAGCUGUAAAUGAGUACGUAUAGUUGGGCAGUGCUAGAAUUGUAGAAUGCUAGCUGUGAGAGCCGAAAUGGCAGCACUGGCUGUAUGCUCCGCAGGCAGUUGAGAAUGAUAUUGGCUAGGUGCAAAGGCCCUAUAAACACUGAUAAUAAUUUGUUGAUUCAACUUUAAUUUAAAAAAUGAAAAAUAAAAUAAAAUGUUAAGACAGCUAUGAUGUAUGUAAAAUGUAUUUAAGUUAGGAGAGGGCUUAAUUAAGUUGUACGAAUUUGUGCCCAAUCCUUUUUGUCAUUUUCAAGGCAAUAAAAAUAUGUUUAAACAAAAUAAUUUGUGAACCGCUUUGAGACGACCUACUACAUGUAACUAGGUUGUGAUAAAGCGGUAUAUUAUAUAAGACUAGCUGCAUUAUCAUUAGGCAGAGCUAUAGUUGGCCAAUGCAUGUUUUGCUUAUUUUGAAGUGCUUGCUUAAAACAAACAUGUUAGCUUCAUCAUCAUCAUCAUCAUCAUCAUUAUCAUCCAUUUCUCUAUGAUCGUUUGUAGUAUCAAUCUUACUAUGAUAUUGUUACAGCAGUGUUUUACUUGACCUUCUAUUUCUUAAAAGGACUUACAUCACAACUAGGUUGUAUUUUACUUGUGCUUAUAGUAAUUAUUGUCACUGAAGAAGUAGUGCUUGUAAAUUCUUGCGUUGUAGAAGAAAAUCUAGAUCUCACUCAUAUAAUCAUGGGAAAAACUUACACCUGUAUUUGUACAUCAUGGUAUGACUGUUAACACUUCUAUGCUUGAUUUUUUGUUAAAAUGGAAUCACAAAUAAAGAUUUGGGUUCAUUAUCAUGUUUAAUCUACUUAAUAGAUAAUGGAUCAAGGUCUACAUAGAUGUCGCAGUACAUUUUCAUUUUAAACUCAACCUGACAAAGCAUACUGACGUACUUUUUCAUCCAAUAAAAAUUGUUAUCAUAUAUAUAGGUGUUGUAAAACAAACUCACAGCUGUUCACUACACAUGUUGAAGUAUGUGUACAAUGUAGACAAUGCAGAGAACCAGUUACAUUUCUAAAUAAAAAAAAAAAUUGUGGGGGGGGGGAACGGUUAACAUAACAUGUACACAGUUACUUAAUGCUUGUGCAGGGAGUAGUUUGAAAUAUAUCCUUCCAGUUGUUUAGACCAAUCAAAGUGGCUUUGCCUUUUGGCUAUAAUUCCUGUGGUUGGUCCAAGCACAAAGAGGAAAAUAUUUCAAACAUUGCCUGCCCAAGCACGAAAUAAGUGUUUACUAUCCAGUUUGUGACAAUUUUAUGUCAAGACAUGAAACUUCACAUGUCGAGUCAGUAGUCUUAAAAUUCUACAGUAUUAAUGAAAUCAUAUAUUCUAAUGUUCAGGAGAUGUUAACCUGUUUUUCUUCUCGGUUCAACGACACGAUAACUUACAAGUUUUCCAAUGUAAAUAACAGUUACAAUGUAGUUUAUUUAUUUGCUGCUUUGACACCUUGAAAAUGCUUGGAAACCUAUGACAAUCCCAAUCUAUGACCCAGACAGAGCCUCAUAUGAUAUUUCUUGGAGUAAGCAGUGUGCCUGCUUGACCAGGUAGAUAUUGUAUGAAAGAUUGCCCAGCUGUACUGAAACAAUUUAAAAAAAUAUGGUAUCUCUUUUUUGAGAUACAUGUAUAUCUUAUAAACAAUAUUGAUAAUUCAUUUAAUCCUUAUUAUAUGAGACACAAAGAUAUCUUUAAUUAUUUUUGUGAUAUCUCUCUUUCAUGUAAUCAUUUUUAAUUCAUUUAGAGAUAUUUUAUUUCAUUUAAAGAUGUCUAAUAUUUUUGCGACCUCCCUUUAGGUAUUAAAUGUAAACUUUGUAUACCGUACUGCACCACAUGUGUGUAUGUAGAUAUAUUUGCUUGUUUGCAUUAUGUUAGGCUACACAUGACUUAAUCUGUCGGACUUGAGUAUAGACAUAAGUUACUUAAUCUGUCGGACUUGAGUAUAGACAUAAGUUAUGAAAAUGUCGCUGGGUUUAUGUCCUAUUGCUGUAAAGUGUUGCUUAUUUAGUGAGUGAAUUUUGUUAAGCAUUGAUAAUAUUCUCUGAUUGUAUUAUUGGUAAUGUCUAAGGCUUUAUCAAAUGUCAAAGAUAAAUACUACCAUUUUUUAAACAGGCACAUACACCAGUGCUCACGGUGUUUUCUGUUAUUUACAUUGAACAUUUCAGGUAACCAGUCUGAAUUCUUUAGACAUUUGUGUUUUCCAAUAAUAAUCUAGGUCGCUCUUUCUAUGGAAAUAAACUAAUUGAAGUUUAAA